GUGGAAUGGGUAGCAGUGGGCAGCGGCACUCGAAUGCUCAUCAGGAAUCAGCUAUGUUGGAAGAUGAGCCUUCUCUUGACCAACCAUCAACAGCAAUCCAUGCUUCAAGUGAACUUGACCGUGGCCGCGGGCGUGCGCGUGGACGCGGUGUGCGUGGACGCGGAG